UUGGAGAGCCCUGGCACCUGGCUCCUCACCUUCGUUUUGUCAGCCCUGAAGAAAAGGCCCCACAGAAGGCGCUCGGUUGCUGGUGAGAAGAGGGUGCCAGUGAUGCCCGGGUCGCCCGUGGAAGUGAAGAUCCAGUCCAGGUCCUCUCCUCCCAACAUGCCGCCGCUGCCCCCCGUCAACGCCGGCGGCCCCCGGCCCGUGUCCUUCACUCCGGCCGCACUGCCCAAUGGAAUAAACCAUUCCCCACCAACACUGAACGGGGCCCCAUCCCCACCCCAGAGGUUCAGCAACGGCCCUUCCUCAUCCUCCUCCUCCUCCCUGACCAACCAGCAGCUCCCAGCCACGUGUGGGGCCCGGCAGCUCAGCAAGCUGAAGCGCUUCCUCACCACCCUGCAGCAGUUUGGGAAUGACAUUUCACCCGAGAUUGGGGAGAAGGUCCGCACCCUCGUUCUGGCACUCGUGAAUUCGACGGUGACAAUCGAGGAAUUUCACUGCAAGCUGCAAGAGGCGACCAACUUCCCCCUCCGGCCGUUUGUGAUCCCCUUCCUGAAGGCCAACCUGCCUCUGCUGCAGCGGGAGCUGCUGCACUGUGCCCGCGCUGCCAAGCAAACGCCCUCCCAGUACCUGGCACAGCACGAGCACAUCCUGCUCAACACCAGCACCACGUCCCCCGCUGACUCCUCCGAGCUGCUCAUCGAGGUCAACGGCAAUGGCAAGAGGCACAGUCCAGACAGGAGGGAAGACAGCAGCUUUGAGAGGGAGCCACUGCCGACAGAGCCUCCUGCCAAGAGGGUUUGCACCAUCAGCCCCGCGCCCCGGCACAGCCCUGCCCUCACCAUCCCCCUGAUGAACCCCAGCGGGCAGUUCCACCCCACCCCACCACCCCUCCAGCACUACACCUUGGAAGAUAUUGCCACCUCCCACCUCUACAGGGACCCCAGCAAGAUGUUGGAGCACAGAGAGAUCCGGGACAGGCACAGCGGGCUUGGAUUGAAUGGGGGCUACCAGGACGAGCUGGUGGAUCACCGCCUGACGGAGCGGGAGUGGGCGGAUGAGUGGAAGCAUCUCGAUCACGCCCUGAACUGCAUCAUGGAGAUGGUGGAGAAGACGCGGCGCUCCAUGGCGGUGCUGCGGCGCUGCCAGGAGGCCGACAGGGAGGAGCUCAACUACUGGAAGCGGCGCUGCUCCGAGACGGCCGAGCCGCGCAAGGCGGGCGCCGAGCUGCUGAGCCGCCAGCACAGCCCCGCCAGCGCCGACUCGGGCAGCGCAGAUUCCCUGCGGGAGUUCAGCAGCAGGUCAGGACCUGGCUACGUCACGGAGGAGAUCUGGAAAAAAGCCGGUGAGUGUUUGCGGUGACCCCGGCGGGGAUCGAUGUCGGAGGUGCAGAAGGCGGUGGCCGAGGCGGAGCAGAAGGCGUUCGAGAUGAUCGCGUCGGAGCGCGCGCGCAUGGAGCAGACCAUCGCCGACGCCAAGCGCCAGGCCACCGAGGACGCCUUCCUCGUCAUCAACGAGCAGGAGGAGUCCACCGAGAGCUGCUGGAACUGCGGCCGCAAGGCCAGCGAGACGUGCAGCGGCUGCAACAUCGCCCGGUACUGCGGCUCCUUCUGCCAGCACAAGGACUGGGAGAGGCACCACCGCAUCUGUGGGCAGAGCCUGCACGGCCAGAGCAAGCCCCUGGCCCUGCCCACGGGCAGGGUGGCAGCAGCAGCCAAGAGCCUCGAUGGCAUCCCCAGCCCGGCCCUGGAGAAGGGCUCGGCCACCACCUCGCGCUCCUCCACGCCGGCGUCCGUGACAGCCAUCGACACCAACGGACUCUAGGGGGGUUUGCUUCACUCCACUGGAUCAGUUCCCUGGGCUUUUUUAAGCUGAAAACCUCCCCCUGCAGCAACUGUUACCACUUGACGUAUUUGGCACAUCCCCUCGGAGCGCUGACACUCCGGCUUUGCCCUCUCAUCCUGCCUUUUCCUCUGUGGCUCGUGAACGGGGGUGAGCCGAGCCUGCAGCAUCUCUCUGCUCCUCUCAGGGGGACACACCAGAGCAGCAUCAGGACCUGGGGGACACUGGGCACCUGCUUGGGGGACCUGGACUGUGGGGAGAGCGCUGGCACACGCCGGAGAUGCUGAGAGUGUGGUGCCCAAGCAGGGAGCCCUGUCCCUGUGGCAUGCUCAGGCUGGCUUCCCAAGGUGGCAGAGCCACCACUGCCUCCUCCUGCCACCUUGCCUCCAUGCUAUCCAGUGUUUUGUCCCUGCUCCCAGACAGCUGUGCCUCAGGUGGCCCUGUGGGCCAGUUGUUGCUGUGAACAGACCAGAGCCAAUUUCUCAGCGGGAGCAUCUCAUCCUGUGUGCAAUGGCAAAAGCUGAGCCCACUUCUGCCUCCAGGCUGGCAGCUGAGGGUUGCAGAGGGGGAGGAGAGGAUUUGUUUGCUCUAAAGCAAGUGGCAGUGGCAGGAGGUACUGCUGGAUGGCUGGAUUUCAUCCCUGUCUGUGGUGAGACAGACAGUUGGGUGUUUGUGCUGGGCGAACACGUGCAGAGCAGAUCUGGGCUGGGUGCAGGUGCCCUUUCCACCUGGGGGCCGUUGUUUUGGUUUUUCACUGCCUGGAAGCUGCUGCUUUGGGAGUUCCUGCUGUUGUUUUUGAGCCCAGGGAUCCUCACUGGUGUGAGGGGCUGUUUACAGCCUGUACUCUCCACACUCAUCAGCCACACCAGUAAAAGAAAGGCAGGACUGGGUGUCCUGUGGCAAUUCUUAUCCCCAGCUCCAGGGGGUUCCUGCAGUGCUGCAUCCAGAGAUGCCCAGGGAUGGUGUCCCAAAAGCAGGGUUCAGAGCCAGGUCCCGUGGGGAUGGGGCCAGCCUGGGGAGAUCUGUCCAUGGCAGAGUCCCUGCUGUGGUGUGAGGGGGGGCCUGGAGGGGCUCAGGCCAUGCAGGCUGUGACAGCAGGGCUGUCACACAGGCUGGCAGUGGCACUGCCCGUGGGAGGGAGGGCAUGUGCCCUCCAGGAGCUGCUCCCAACUCGCACAGCCACACACAGAGGCUCUGGAAAUCCAUCUCUGCAGCAGGGCUGUGCUUCCCUGACAGUGUGUGUGCCCCUGCUGGGCUGGAGCCCAAUGAGGUGGGUAAUUCCCAGGUUCUUUGGGAUCACUUUUUCGAUUGGAGGUGAAUAAUGGAGCUGUAAUGAGUCCUCACAGUGCUCCAGGGUGAGCAGGGGACUGCUCCAGCCCUGCCCCUUGGGAAAGCUGCUUGGGAAGCUGCUGCUGUGGGAUAGGGCUGCUGAGCUCUAAAAACUGUCUGCAAGGUUUUAAUAAAAAAGCCACGAGGUCUCCUGGUGUUGAGGACAGCUCCAGUGGCCCUGGGGGUGUCUCCCCUGCGUCCCCAGGAGUGGGUGCUGGGGCCCAGCACAGGCUUUGGGGCAGCUCCCAGUGGGGGUGGCACUGGAGCCACCCUGCCCCAGGGGGACAGGGACACCUUUGGAACAGCCUCAGGUCAAUCCCCCCGUGGUUGUGAGGUCCCCUCCUCACCUGCAGCCCCAGCCUCAUGCUGUGUGGGGUGGGAAGGGAGGGCAGGGCAGGGCUGGGAAGAAUUGCUUGUAAAUAGAUUGUCUUCCAUAAUUCUCAUGCAACACUGAUGGCCGUGCAUUAAAAUUAACCCCAGUGUAAAUGAAUGAAAUACUAACAGUCAUGAUUAGAAUGAUUGCUUCUUUCUUUUUUGUUGGGUUUUUUUUUAAAAAGAUGGAAUGAUAAAUGUGAACUUGGGGUGUGGGGAGACAUUGGGUUGAGGUUUCUAAUUUUUUGGACAUUUAAUUCUGUAAUAGAAAUUUGUUACUUCAUUCCUGUGCAUAACUUAUUUAAUGUCCUGUAUAAAGGAACCCAAACUGUUACAGAUGUAUUUAGUUUGUUCUACUCAAAAGUAGUCAAUAAAAAGACUAUAUUCAUCCUCCAGCUCCCCCUUCUCUCUGGGAAGGGGCAGAGGUUUUCAGCAGUGCUCAGGCAGCUCUUGGGGUUUUUGGGGAAUGCUGCCACACCUUGGCCAGGGGACAUUUAGGGACAAAAAUUUCCUCCCCUGUGGUGGUGAUGCUGUGGGCAAAGCCUGGGAGCAAGAGCAGGCAGAGCUGCAGUUCAGCCCUAUCCUUAGUGAUUUCUUUGUGUUUAUAGUUCAGUGUGUUGUUUUCUGAGCAUUUUUAAAUGAUCUUUUUUUAUGUGAGCAGCCUGCCAGGGUCACAGCUGUCACAGCUGGCUCCCACUGCCAUCCCUGUCCCCCCAGGGAUGCCCCCUGCCCACACCUCGGCUUCAUCUGAGGAUUUUGUUCUCCAGGCUGCUGCAGACAUCAAUCCAGUGGGGAAGAAACCCAGAACAGGGGGGUAAACCCCCCAGGGGGCUGGGGAGGCAGCUCAGGAAUCCCAAACCCGUGCCUGCUGCAGCUCUGCCCCCCUGGCUGCCCCAGUGCCCCUGGCUGGUCCAUUCCUGCUGGCCCACGGUGCUGCUGUGGCUCCAGCACAUCCCCGAGUCCCUUGGCUGUCACUCCCAGGGGCAGGAAUGUGCCCCUGCACGGGGCUGAGCCACUUCUGCUGCCCCAGGGUCACAGCAGCUCCUGGCUGUGGCCAGGGAAAGCAGCAGGUAUUGAUAGUCAGGGAAAGGAGUGGGUGCUUGGAGGAUGGGAGCAGGGACAGGCUCUGCCACUCCAGCCCUGGCAGGGGCAUUUGUGCUCUGGGGCCUGAGCCUGCCCGGCUGGGCUGGCAGCAGCAGCUGCUGUUCCUCCCAGCCUGAUCCCAUCUCUGCAGGUUCCUCCUGGCAUCAGGUCACCCCUGGCACCCCAAACCCAGGCAGCUUCUGCUGGAGCAAAACAAGCACCCUAAAAGCCAGAGACCCCUCCUGUGCUGUCACCCCCUGACACCGUGUCAGACCUCCCAGCAGUGUCUGAGGGGUUCCCAGGGUGGAGCUGCACCCACCGCCCCUGCAGGCACACAUUGUACUGACUGCAGCCAGGGCCUGGGGGACAAACGCUCAAACUGAUGUUUCUGGUGCAGCAGCACCCACAGGGAUGGGAGAAGAGGUUGGGGGUGGCAGCAGGUCCCAGGUGACUGAGGACUGGGGGUGUUGGGGACAGGCAGGGACAAGAGGGUGGUGUUUCCCAUGCCAGGAGGGUGGCUGGUGUCCCUCCUGCCCCCUGUCCCCUCCCACUCUCUCCACACUGGCUGUGACAAUGCAUUUUUUCCCAGCUCAGCAGAGGAUCAGCUGCUCCAGCAGCACCAAGGAAACCCCCAGU